AUGGCCAAGUCCAGCAAGAAGCAGUGCCGAACACCCAAGCCCUCCAGGAAAGGUGGCGGGUUGGUCGUGGUAUCGCAGCGGAAUCUCCACUCCAAUUCCACGCCGCAACAACAUCCUCAAGCCAAGAAGGGCAAGAAGGGCAAGAAGGACAAGAAGAAGAGGGGGCUAGGGCUAGCAGACUUGAGUGCCCCCGGCGACGGUGAUGACAGCGACGACUUCGAUGCUCCCCCCUCUGCGUCUGCUGUCGCCAGCACUGGCGGGGUCGCUGAGUACAUUUUUUCAUCCAAGCACCACUCCCGCGAGCAGCAGCUGUACUAUCUCUUGACGACACGGACAUCAGACAUGUGUGCAACAAGAGGGCAGCAGCAGCACCAGCCCGGCGAGGGCGGGGGUAUUCCGGAUGCUCCUACCGCCGUAGAAGGGGGGUGCCAUGCGCUGGUUUUUGUGGAGACGACCGCUGUUGCCCAGGAGCUAGUCGGGGAGCUGAAGGCGCUAAGCCUCGUGGCCUUUGCUGUUCACGACCGCACGCCGAAAGCACAGACCCAGGAACAUGUGAAGCGUUUCCUGGCGGCGACCUCCUCGGAGAGAAGUUCUGUCCUGGUCUUGACCAACUUGGCGAUAUCCCGCACGCCGCCCUCCAUCGGAUCGGUCAAGCCAGGCCACGGGAAACUCCAGAGGGUCGUUCAUUUCGACGCUCCAGAGGGCAAAAAGGACGCGGCGGCGAGGGCUCGGGUCGCCGGAGGCUUCUUUCGAGGGCGGGGUGCGGGGGCGGCGGAGGAGGUGUACCUGCGGGGAGGAGCGGAGGCGGUGGGCUUGGCCCCGUUUUCGUUCGACAGCGGGGCGAUGGGGGGCAUCCGCUCGAGGCUCGCCGUUGCCAAGAAGCUGUCGAGGGCGAUAGCUUUGAGUGCCGGCGAGGGGGAGGAGAGGGGCAUGCAGCGAGCCGCUGCCGCUGCGGGUCUGGAGUGGGAUGAGCAAAGCAGCAGCAACGAGCGCGGGGCAGAGGCCACCAAGCGCGAGAAAAAGCGUGCCCACGCGCAGCAGGCGGUCGCCCUCCGACAGAAGGUUAGCGUGUUACUCUGCCAGCCGCUGCUGCCGCCCCUGCCCCCGCCUUUGGCGGCGCUGGGGGGGAGCGGCUCCGCAGCCGCCUUUCCCCCCGCGCCGAAGAACGCACACCAAUCCGCUAAGGAGCUCCGCAAGAAGAUGGUCAUCUUGGGCAUGAUCCACGGGCCGCCUCAGCACCAAGCAGCCGACAGCGGGCCGUUAGCUGCUGCUGCCGGAGGAAGAAGGGCGGGGGCAGCCGAGGACAGAGCUGCCGCACAGACCCGCUGGCUCGACGGGGCCACCGGGAAGCUCUUCGGCGGGAGCUGGGGCGGCAUCGUCAGGACGGGAGCCAGCUGCGACACCGCUUCUCUGGAGCUGCGCGCACGCGUUGAGGACGCCAAGAAGGGGGAGACGGGGAUGCGAGGUGCCGAUGGAGAAGACGUGGCGGGACGGGGGGUGGCGACGGUGGCGUUGGCCAGGUGGAAACCGAAUCCUGACACGCCGGACCCGGAAAAGUGGGGCGGGAAGUGGGGAAAGCCGUGCGGGCACAACGAGGUGGUGCUACAGCACUUGCGACCGUUCGCGCCGUUGGAAGUGAUCAACACCCGUGUGUGCUCGAAGGCCUCGCCCGCCCCGGGCAACACAGGCUUCGACGGCUGCCUGGAGCUGCUCUCCCUCACCUGCCGGGCACACGGGCGGGCUCUCACGGUCUGGGACGACUCGUCCUUCAUCCACGUCGACAAGGCCGGGGCGUGCUCCACGCUGCCGAAGCAGGCGAUGCUGCACGUGCCCCUACCGACGCUACGGUUCCUCGUGAAGAACAUGAGGAGCUUUACGGUGUGCGGCGGGGGCCAGACUCCACCAAGAGAAGUCGCAAGGGCCGUUCUCCACUCGGCAGGGUGGGGUGCCAAGCAGUCUCAAUUCGGACCGUUGUCCGCGGAGCUCUCUAGGCGAGUCAUGUCCUUCGUCCUGUCCGGCGAUCUAGCGACUUGGAGGUCAAUCUCGGCAGGGUUCGGUGUCGGAAUUGGGCUGCAAGCAGGCGGCAGGGGACAGGCGGCUCCCAAAGACACGCUCGCGUUCGCCAGCAAAAAGAAGAGAAAGAACUUCAACCUGUGA